AGUCGACCCGUAACUCUUACCCGGAGUGGAAGCACCGCUCCGAUUGAUUCGGCCAAUAUAAUAUACCUAUAAUAUACCAUUAUUGUUAAUUACAUCAACGGAAAAACAUAUUCCAAUCCAGUGCAUUGAUGGGUUUAUCUUUUUGAGUUCUUCUUCUAUAGCAACUUGAAUCAAUUCAAGUUUGAAAAGGGGUGCGGCAAUUGCCAGGAGAGAGGGACAUCCUGGUGACGGCGACGAUGAUGAGUGCCGUCGGUGGUGAUGAACGAUUGACCGAAUAUUAUGAGCCGAUUUUCUUGUUGUUGCUUGGCAACAACAGUUCGCGCAACGACAGCAGCAGCAGCAGCAGCGGCGGAGGCGGAGGCAACAACACGACGGAAGAAGAUUACGACUACGACAUCGACUCGUCGUUCGACAAUUACGACUGGGCCGAAUUGAUUCCCGCCGUCGUCGUCUACUCAUUCGUCCUCCUCUUUGGCAUCUCGGGAAACGGGCUGAUCAUAUUUACCAUCGCCCGAUAUCGAAGACUCAAAACCAUCACCAACAUCUUCUUGGCCAGCCUAGCCUCGGCCGACCUGCUACUCGUCAUUAUCUGCGUUCCUGUUAAUGUAGCCAAACUCUUUUCUUUCGCUUGGACGUUCGGCGUGUUCCUCUGCAAGUUCGUUCACUACAUGCAAAACGUGUCGGCCAUCUGCUCCGUCCUGACUCUCACAGCCAUGAGCAUCGAACGGUAUUACGCCAUCGUUCACCCUAUGCGUGCCCAGUACCUGUGUACCCUGAGCCAGGCACGGAAAGUCAUCACGGCUACGUGGAUCACCAGUUUCGCCCUGGCCACGCCAACGCUCUGGAUUCAAGUCCAUUUGCCGGUGGGAGUGCGUAAGCCGGCUUUCUGGUGCGUCCGUGACUGGGACAGUCCAAUCAGCUGGCAGAUCUACGAGCUCUACAUGCUCGUCCUGGUUCUGGUCCUGCCCUUGUCCAUCAUGGCCGGCACUUACGGAGCCAUCGGCCGCGAAGUCUGGCGUGUCACUUACCUCCGUUCGUCCAUGACCAAUGACCCGAAUACCGAAGUAGUUCCAGCGGCGAUGCUGACGGAAAAUGUGGCCACCGCCACGGCCAUCAGCACGACGACGACGGCCAUCAGCAGCGGCGAAGUUCCGGCCGAUCUGCCCGACGUCGUUGGCCCAGAAGCCUGUCAAAUGUUAAACGAAGUCGUUAACAAGAGAGAAGCGAGUAGUAGUGCCAGGGGAUUGCCAACGACCCGGCGGACGGCGGGAGUCGGCGUGCAGCAGAAUAAAGAGGCGGCAACAACAGCCGUAGCAGCAGCAGGAACAGGAGGAGCUGCUGGCGGUAAGAAGAAUUCCGUCAAAAUAAGCAACACCAUCAUCAGGAGGAAUAAGCGACGCAGCAGUAGCAAUCAUGCUAAUAGUAGCCGAUCCCCUCCGGCCUCGCAACGUGCUCAAGCCGAUCACAAGACGGCCCGUCAAGUUGUCAAAAUGCUGGUGGCCGUCGUCAUCUUGUUCGCCGUCUGCUGGUCGCCGUACCUCAUUGACAACGUCCUGACCAGUUUCGCUCUCCUGCCCAACACGAGAACCGGACCGAUGAAACACAUGAAAAUGGCAUUCCACUUGCUGUCGUACAUCAACAGCUGCUGCAACCCACUCGUCUACGGGUUCAUGUCUAAGAACUUCCGGCGAGGAUUCAAGGCGGCCUUGAGGCUGCGAUCCAAGAGCUGCAUCCCGUACUUUUGCUACUGCUGCACCAGUUGCUGCUGCUGUCAUCGCAAUCCGAGACGUACGACUGAUGCUCAACUUUUUGUGCGCUGGGGGGGUUGGUGGUGGUGGUGCAAGGGCGGAGGCGUUUAUUGUUUCUCCGAAUCAGGCGGCCUAUUAAAAUUAAUGACAGGUGUUUUAUUUGUGCUGACGAUGAUGGGCGUGUGCCUCAGGAACGUCAGGCAGCGCUCCGUCUACAAGUUUUCACACGUUUCCAACAAUUCACGCCUCACCACCCAAAUCCGACUGCAAGAUCCCGGGUACGUCCGGAGUAGCACGGUGGGUCAUUCAUCAAUAGAGGCCGCGUCGGCUAUCUGAGCAUUCAGAUGUCGUCAUCAUUAGCUCAUAUAUUACUGCUAUGUCCGGCCAACUUAUCCAUCAAUUGUCGCCCAUCAGGAGCCUCGCUCUUCUAAAAAAAUUGCUUCUUUCGUUUCCGUUUGACGCAAACGUCGGCUGCUAUAUAACUGCCCUACUUUAUUUUUUUAAAUAUUUCGACAGAUUUGGGUUGUUUUCCAACUGAAAACUCGUUUCGAGCGACAGCUGUUGAAUCCAUUUUUACGCAUAUAUUUUUUUCCCCUUUUCUCCUUUCUUGUCCGUUACGUCGAAUCAAAUUUCUCUUUUUUAAGAAAAUAAUUUUUUUGAAUUGAAAAAAAAUAGAAGGUGAAAUGGAUCGUCAAAAAAUAUAUUUAAACAAAAAUGGCAAAAUCAAGAAAAGUUUUAUUUUAAAAAAAAAAAGAAAAAACCUUUCUAUAUAGCUCAAGCGUCUCUCUCCGCUGCUGGUCGAUUGCCAAGCUCAAAUGACAUGUAGGACGAUAUAUAAAAUAUGACGUGUGGGAAUUUGAUAAUAUUCGGUAUGUAUAAAACGGGCGAACGAUAAGGUAGCACAACAGCAAUUGCGCUGGAGUCUAAUUCAAAAAAACACGUUUACAUUACGUAAUUUGCUGUAUUAUUUACACGUCUAUUCUUUUAUUGACGAAUCGAUAUUAUUUCGCCGUCGUCUAUUUGUUGCAUGUUUCAGUUUUCGCUAUUAAAAUGAAUGUCAUUUUUUAAAAAAUGAAAAAUUUGUAUAGACAUUUUUGUAUUUACAUACUUUGCGUUAUUCCAGCCAUGUGUAUAAUAAUAGCCGACAUAUAUAUACAUACGUAUAGCCUGAGAGUCAAUCGGUAGGCUAUGGAUCAAUAUUAUAUUGCUAUAAAUCUUUAUUAUAUUACAUACAUUAUAUUAAAUCCAGCACUCCCACAUGUGUAUAGUUUUCUCCGCACUCGUUUAUUAUUAUGCACAGUGGCUGUGUUGUUUGUAUAUAUACAUCAAAGUCCUGUUAGCUUUCAAUUCUCUUUCAUCAGUUCUCUCUCUUUCUCUCUUGUGUUUUUGUUUAUGAUUUAUUCAUCUCCUUUAUUUUACCCCCAUUGGUUUUUCCGUCUUCCAUUACAUAUAGCAAACGGAGGAAAGAGCAUAGCUCAUUUGUGUACAUCCUACACCAUUUUCCUUAUUUUAUUCAAAUCAAGCGCGUCUAUCCAUUUCGCCCAACUGACGAUUGACUAUUGACAGAGACCCUCUAUUCGCUCUUCAGUGUUUCUAUAUUCGAUGUGAUAACAUUUAUUCAAACAAACAAUAAAUGACAAAAUUAAUUGCA